UGUGAUGGGCUGAGUACGGGUUCCCCUCGCAUCAGUGCAAGUCAAGGCACAUAGCAGAAGCCACCGCCUGGAGGCAAAGACGCAUGGAACUGAAUCUGCUGUGUUGGAGACCAAGAAGAAGUCGAGUGCUAAUUCUGUGAAUCCCUGAGAGCAGUCAAGUUUACACUGGUGCAUACCGACUCGCUGCACUGCAAGUCCUUCUCUCCCCCCUAUCCAACUGUUGCGCGUCUCCACUUUGGAUAGAAAUAGCUUGAUCACUGCGCGCCGCAGAGCGCAAAGGAUCUGAGGCUUUGGUUUUGAAAGAGUUUGGAGAGACUUCUCCUCAGGACUGCAGCAGCUACGAUGAGGAAACUCUGAGGUGGCAGUUAUCUCCGUCCGCUUUAUGCUUCCUUUGGCUCUUACCAAAGGUUAGCCCAUGUGCAGGUAUCCCCUUGAGUGUGAUUCUGUUUUCACCCAGAUCUCUGCUGCCUGGACAAAUGCAUACAAAUGCAUUUAGGAGCUCAACGGACAAGGAGUGGACACGUUUCCGCGGCAGCAACGUGGAACUUUCUCCUGCUCCUGUCAGUAUGCUCAGCAGCACUCUCUGGAGAAGAUUACGUAGCUCAAGGAGUGGAUAUCCUUUAUCGAUUGGGGCUUACAACUCAAAGCCACACAGACGAUACCUACGAAAGGACAAGCUCACAGCCUCCCACUUAUGCAAAUGUUCCCGCACCUUUCGAUGGCCCCUUUUCUGGAUAUGGGGUGUUGCUCGACUCAAACUCCCUCUAUGAGGCGCCAGUGCCCACUCUAUUCCCUUCAGAAUUUGGCGAAGAGUUCUCCGUUAUAGUUAGCCUAAGCUCCUGGCGAGCAAACAAUGCAUUUCUUUUUAGUAUCAAGGACGGGAGGGACCGGUUGCGUUUUGGCAUUCAGUUGCUGCCACGCAGAGUGGUGGUUUAUACUGCAGAGAAAGCCUCCAUCUACUUCAACUACAACUGGCAGGAUGGGCGCCUGCACCCUUUUGCUGUUGGGGUUCGUGCACGUUCAGUGUCCUUCUAUGCGAAUUGUGGAGGGGUGCAGCAGUGGGAGCAAACCCUGGGGAGAUCUCAAACACUGGGGGAAUCUGGGGGUGUCUUCACUCUGGGAAGGAUGAACUCCAAGGCGGCACCAUUUAGUGGUCAAGUCUGCCAACUGGAUAUCUAUCCCUCAGCCCAAGCUGCCGCGCACUACUGCAAAUAUCUUAAAAAACAGUGCCGGCUGGCCGACACUUACCGAUUACAUUUCCCCCAUUCUGAUUUGGAUAUUGUGGUGAAUGACCCCCCUUCUAGCCAUUUGACAAAGUCUCUUCUUGGAGUAGCAGCUACUCAAAAUACACCCGUCGGAUCUACAGCAGCCAUUAAACUAUCCCCAGAUCGUUUGGUCAUGCAGCAUUCAACUCUGAGCCCACCAAUACGACCUCAUCUGGGGGACCAAGAAAACAUUUCCACAUUGAAACCAUUAUCCCACUCUGCCACAUCAUCACUCCAGCUUUAUAGCCCCACCGUAACUACGCCAAGUAGUCAAGCAGCUCUGGGUUUUGCCUAUAGCACAACAACCACCACUACCAAAAAUGUGUUGGCUAAAGACACCACGCCCCAGGAGGACUCUGAAAACAGCACAGAAGAAGAGAGAAAUUCCAGAAAACAGCCAAGUCCGGAUGCCACUACAGGUGUUGUUUCCCUGGUCAGACAGAGCCAACUAAAGGAAGAACUCAGGAACAACUCCAUCACAAGCUCUAGGGACUCUGGCUCCACAAGCCAAAAUUUCCCAGAGACUCAUCUGAGAGCCAACAGCACUACUUUGUACAGGGAGAAUCAGGUGGACACCUCAGAGCAGCAUGAUUUGGAUGGCAGCUAUGAUGACGUAGACAUGGGAGAGUAUGAUUAUGGAUACGAGGAGCCAGAGUUCUUCUAUGACUACCAAGAUGGUUUACAUGGCCCCAAAGGAGAGCCUGGUCCUCCGGGUCCUCCUGGUCCCCCUGGUUUACCUGGUCCUCCAGGAAAAAGAGGCUCUCGGGGUCCCCCUGGUCCACAUGGAAAACCAGGACAGCCUGGACCACCUGGACCCAAGGGUUCAAAGGGAGACCCUGGGCUGUCUCCAGGUCAGGCUCCACCAGGAGAGAAGGGUGACAGAGGACCUCCAGGUCGUCCUGGACCCAAUGGAUUUCCAGGCUUACUGGGUCCUAAAGGUUAUCUGGGUCCACCUGGACCACCAGGAGAACAAGGCAUACCAGGACUUCCUGGGGAAGCUGGAGCUGCAGGUUACCCUGGCAGGCAGGGCUCGGCCGGGCCACAAGGUAGCCCUGGCCCUAAAGGUGUUCGUGGUUUCAUUGGGCCUCCGGGCGAUGCUGGGCCACCCGGGCUGGAAGGGGAGAAAGGCAUACCUGGACCUGCUGGAAGACCUGGCCCCAAAGGAAGACAUGGUGUCAUGGGGGAUGCUGGGGAGAGGGGGCCUCCUGGUCCAGAUGGAAAUGAGGGCCCUGUUGGUGGGACUGGCAUAAGUGGCUUUCCUGGUCUAAGGGGAGACCCAGGGCCUGAGGGACCACGAGGACUGCCUGGUAUGGUGGGACCUCAGGGCCCAACAGGACGAGCCGGCCUGCCUGGAUUGAAAGGUGAUAAGGGUGAAACCGGACAAAGGGGCGAGCCAGGAGAGAUGGGGUACCAGGGGGAUAAGGGUGCUGCUGGUGCACCUGGUCUUCCUGGGCCCAGAGGGAAACCAGGGCCACCGGGUAAAAUUGGAGAAAUGGGUGUGACUGGACCACCUGGGCCUCCAGGACCAGAGGGGUUUCCUGGGGACAUUGGAGCGCCGGGUCCAAACGGACCACCUGGUCCAAAGGGUUUGCAGGGUGAGAGAGGACCCCAGGGUCCACCGGGGCCUAAAGGAAUACAGGGCGACGAAGGACCACUCGGCCCACCCGGCGGGCCAGGCCCUACUGGGAGACCUGGAAGGAAAGGCCACAUCGGUGAACCUGGCUCCGAGGGUUUACAGGGAGAGAAAGGGGACAUGGGAAAUAUUGGAAAAGUUGGACCACAAGGUCCAGCAGGCCUGAUUGGGAUAGCUGGGGUGAUAGGGGUUCCUGGUGAAAAGGGUGACCGGGGACCACCAGGUCCAACAGGUCCAGCCGGAGAGAAGGGGCCCAGGGGACCCCGAGGUCCAGAUGGCCCACCGGGAGAACUGGGUCCUGAGGGCAUCAAGGGUGAAAAGGGGGAGAUCGGACCUACAGGAGAGCCGAGCUUCAUACUGUCAGGCAACCUUGAAAUAUUAAACUCAGUCAUCGCGUGCGUGUGGCCACACUGGAAAUUGUGGGAAAACCAGGUAUUCCAGGCAGCACCGGGGAGAGGGGAGCCCAAGGUGAACCAGGACCCAGAGGACCUCCUGGAGAGGCUGGACCUGAUGGAGAACAAGGACCUGAAGGUUUACCAGGCUUAG